GAAAGAACGACGCCUUCGAUCUUUCCCCUUAUUAUGCGGCUUAACAGACCGUCAGGGUAAUCUCCGAACUCCAAAGUCCGUCGCCCAUCGAAUUGCCCAGGAAUGCAACGUCUCGUCAACUGUUAGACAUGCGCAACAGAGCAUCACUCCGACGGCGACACCGAGAUUUGGACCACCUUACGCUCGCCCUUAACUCCUCUGUCGUGUCAUGACAAGCUACCUGUAUCCAGCCCGCUUCCUGUGUCUGCAGUGCCGGUCUUCCUUACGUCCUUCUUUCGCCGCUCCGUCUCGCGCCUCAACAAUUCCUCGUGUCGGUUGGAGGCUACAAUGGAACAAUCAAUACUCCGUUGGCGUCAAGCGCCCGGUUAAAGGCCGCGUCUUUAAUUCUGGGAUUUUGAAAGCAAUUGGUCGUCUCAGAGCUCCAAAAUGGCCCAUUCCGCAGUCACAAGGGAGAAGGGCGAUGCGCUUCAAAAAGAUGCUUUACGAAUACCUUUCGCUGAUCUCGCGGGAUGCAGCGAUGCAUCCGACACGUUCGACCCCUGAGGCUCCCUCUUUAAUGACUAGAUAUUCAUUCACGAGGACUGUCGAAUUGGCUCACCACCUCAAUACUGCGCGGACCGAACUGAAACGGGACCUUUUAGCGCAUCUUGGGUUCAAAGCGAAGAAGUGGUCGACCGUGUAUGAGGCACUCAGCAGAUUAGCGGAUGCGGCGGAGGCAGUUAAGGGAGCUUCUCAUCAUAACUAUGGAGCUAUAGAAAACCGGGCGUCAAGUUCUGGAGUUUCCCUUGACCAGCUCACUGAUAGCGAUAUCUCACCACCCACCCGGACGUCGCAAGCCCCGAAAAUCAUUGGACUUGACCGUUUGGAUGCGAUUACGUACCGCCCAUUCGAUCGGGAUUACUAUAUGCUGCUUAUGGGUCAAAUCUGGACAAGUUUAGGCUCAAUAAUCCUUCAUUCUGCGGACGCCUCCCCGGCCGAAUCCAAGUUGGCUAUGUCCAUUGUGUAUCGCAUCCUUGCGCGGCUUCACCAUUCCGGCCUUGUCUCUGAGCGCGUCUACAUGUACGCUACUCCGGAGAUCCAUCAGGCCUCAUUUCGCCCGCCAGGGAUCCAUCUACUUUCUUCAUAUAUCAUGGAUGUCCUCUCGGAUGCUGCCUGGCUGGUACAUGAAGCCGAGGUUGCGGCGGAAGCUGCGGCUGCCGGAAAAGAAGCACCCUUUCUCCCAGCCAAGAUCGGUAUCAAGGAACUCGGGCACGAGAUCUGGUUUGAGUUCGUACUUUGGUGCUGCGUUGAGCAUGGCCAUAUCAACGAAGGAGUUUGGCUAAUUAACCAAUCGAUCCGAAAAGACUGGAACUUUCAGAGCUGGGUACCUCUUCUCCGCGACGAAAAAUUACUGCGAAACACCAGGAUAGACCGAGAUAUCACAACGUGGCCUUCGCCCGGCCCGGCAGUUAUCAAACCCGAACCGCCCAACCAGACUGGGGUCCCUUCGCCUUUUCACGGAUUGGGCAGACGGAUCAUCAGUACCGAAGUUGUCGCAGCAUUGAUGGAUAAUCUACCCAACUCAGUUCAUAUGGGAAUGGGUAGCGGAGGCACUCCUGCAAAUGAACUCCUCCACGACGUCAGUAGUCUCAAAUUUGCCAUCUUGUCCCCUACGACGUCCGAUUCCAAGUUUCUACCGACAACUAAACGAGCUAACUGGUUCAUUACCCGUAUAAUGGAAUCUGGCGGGCUAGCCCCGGAGGCUGAUCCUCAGCUGUUUGAUGGUUUUCUCAAAUUAACUCCUCACGUUGUCCCUCCGUGGAAUAACGAUAUGUGCCCUGUGGAGGAAAACUUACUUGCGAAACUUCAUCCAUCACAGCUUUACGACGAAACAACGGCCCUUACCGGUUUAAUGGCAUAUAACCUAAAUUAUCACUCUUCACAAGGGUUUUGUGGAAGUGCCCUGCGCUUGUUUGCCAUUUUGCAGGAUGUGAUGGACACAUGCAAGAUGCAGCGUGUGGAUGAAUUCUUCUUGUCGCAGGUGGAAAACGCUGGUGCAGCCCUACCUUUGCAAGAACUCGACAGCUUUACAUCCCCCGGGCCUCUCAGCUCGUCAAACCCACAACUCUCUCUCGUCACGAUUGCUCAUCUAUUUGAUUUAAUCACUACAUCUCGAGCGUUUGCAUUCGGCGAAUGGUUACUAUUGUCAAAUGAUGUUGACGGGCCUACGGUACCCAUAAGCGCAUACGGGGAUCAGGCCCUGGCGCCUUCACUCUUACGGUUCGCUGCCGCUACCAAGAAUAAUCCUAUCGGCGAAGCGGUCAUACGAGAACUCGCCGAGCCUGUCUCUGUCAACACGCUUCGUGCACUUCUAAAUUAUCGCAUUACAAUGCAUCAUUGGCACGAUGCCAUCCCGUUAUUAAAGUACAUGCGCGACCAUCGACUCAAAUCUUGGUCACAUAACAACAUCGCCUCCAUAGUUGCAGAGAUUAUCCGCCUUGAUCACUCUUUGUCCCUGCAGCAAUCAUCUGAUCUGACACGUACGACCGCCGUUGACCUCGAAACAGACCUUGCAGAAGCAAAGAAAAUCCUCUACCGCAUCUUAUUCGGCGAGUUCGACGAAAUCCCUUGGCGCACACGAAGCGACUCUCGUUUCCAAGCGAAUACCUUUAUCAGCUUCACGCGCCUCUUUCACCACUUAUCCUCUCCUUCUCUACACGAAAUCCUUGACACUGUUGUCGAACCUGAGCACGCCCCUAUGUACCGCCUUCCUUACAUCCCUUCUACAGCCUUUAACGUCAUUCUUUCCGCAGUCGCCGAAACCAAGGGAUCUCUAGCUGCUCGCAGCAUCUAUGAGCGCUUCUGCGUGAGCUACACCUCACCGGAAAUCAAUCGCACGGUACAGGGCGGCAUUACUCGCUUCUACACAAAGGCUACACGAGAUUACCAAAAAGGCGACCCAAAUUUCGACGCCAAGUAUGCCCGGCAUCUCCAGGAGAAAUUGGUGUAUCCGAACGCGAACACAGUGCGAAUUCUCGCCCAGGCUGCUAUUCGGGAUUACGACGCUGCUGUAUCUGAGAUGAAAUCAGAGUCAACCCCGGAGGCCACAACAGCUCACCCAUCGAAUGAUCAGAAUGGUCAUUUCCCACCCACCCCUAUCGCAAAAGAAAACCAUUCCAUUUCAAUCCAAACACCAUCGCCAUCGUCAUCGCCAGCCCCAGAGCCAACCUUUGUCGCCGAAGAACGAAAAAUGUACGCGGAAAGGACACUCAUCUUCUGCGCAAAACGCUUCAGGGCCUUCAAUAUGAACGGAGCCGAAAUAGCCCACGAGAUCGGCCAAAAGAUCUACGCACGCUAUCGAAAGUCGAAGAAGGAGAGACGGGAGCGGCGUCGAAAACUAAGGGCCGAGUCAAGAGGGAACAUCUCGUUGAAGAAGGGGGUAGCGACACGGGUUUCGAACUGGGUGCCGAGAACGAAGAGCGAGAUAGCAAAGAUGCGGGUUGCCAGCGGGGAGAGAAGGGAAAGCCAGAGAGUUAAGAGGGAGAAGAUGAAGGGGUCGCGGAAUCCCCGAACAAGAAAGGAGCUGAAGAGAUCCCAACAAGCAGAGAGAGGGAGAAGAGUAUGGCGUGCCAAGGAAAGACAGAGGAGAAGGAAGGAAAUGGAAGUGAAGAGAGGCGGGGAGCCCCUAACAAAAGCCGAGAUGAGAAGGUUCCGGCGGGCUAAAGGGAGAGAGAGGAGGGAGAAGAGAGAGGAGAACGAGAGAGAGAAAGAGAUGGCAAAACAAGUUGCCCGUCAAGCACUGGCGCAAUCGAUCAUUUCUGCUCAGCGUCAUCACUAAAACGAACUCUCAAGAUCAACAGAAAGUGUGAUCACGAACCAAAACAAGGUCCGGGGAAAGGACACCCCAUUCGGCUCUUAGUCUUCUAAGGAAGACUUGUACUUUACGAUAUAUAUACCCUGCAUUGUAUCAUAGAUGAAGAAAUAGAAUAGAAUAAUAUUGUAUAUAAUAUGUCCAGCAAAGUGCAAUACAAGCCAGGCACUUACUAAAAGCACUAAUAGUCUAAAGGCAAAAAGAAGAACAUAACAAGACGCAAGGAAUCACCUUGACCUCGCCGGCCAGCGGUUUGAUAUGACAUGUAAUAUAUGAGAACACCACCCAAAAGACCUUUCU